GAUGCGUUUGGCUUGAACGCCGAAACUGGUCAUGCGACAUGGGACAGUCGCGGCCAUAAGCAGCCCUACUUGACUGUCAAAGCACUUGAGCAUCUUCAAGGUUCUUACUCCUUCUUCAAUGGAGUUGGUCAACGAGGUUGGAGUCAGAACACCAGCAAAACCCUUCUGCUGGUGAAUGAUCUAAUUAGGCUUAAAACGCCCGGUCUCUGGGCUGUUGUCCUCCCUCUUCUGUACAUCGUCGCCAUCCUACUUUACCUGCCAACCCUGCAUUCAAUGCGAAAACUCUCCAGGACUAAAUUGCCAAUCGCCAGCUUCGUGGUGUACAUUCUCGUACUGGAGUUCAUAGGCCUGAUCCUGCAGCUGGCCGACUGCAUUCUGGUCCUCUUCAAAGGCAUCCGGGUCCUAACUAUCACGCAGUUCGUCGGCCGAUCUGCCUGUCAGUCGCUGGCUAUGGCAUACAGCUGUUUUCGACACGUGCUGAGCCUUCUCUACCUCGCUCUGGCCCUCGAUACCCUCAGAUAUGCCAAAAGUCCCAGAUGCCGUUAUACCUCAUUCAAUCGCCACUGUGCCUAUAAUAUUCUGAUUUUGGCCAUUGCUCUGAUGGCGACCAUGGACAGUCAGUUCUUCUGGACGUUUGACCUCUCCAGCGUGCAGAACCACAUUGCAUCCGGUGACAAUGCAGAUGUCUUUUAUCAGUGCGAUUUCUUGGCCUCCUGGCCACUAAAUCCCGCUUUUGUCUCCUAUUUUUGGCCACUGGCGGACCAUCUGAUUGGUGAAAUUCUGCCAUGCGUAGUUCCGAUUCUGGCCGGCAUAAUUUGUCUUUCAAGACUCUGUUUGUCUCGCCCAAAGCGCACACCUUUUCUGCCGUUGUCGUUGGAGAGAAAUGGGACGCCGGGUGGAUCUCCCUUCCUGAAACGCCGAUUUACUGAACAGGCAAUCUGGAUUAUUCCUAUCUUCUACAUGCUCAACGGUUCUUCCAUCCUCCCCAGGCUUCUUUACUUUGGAAUUAAGUACUUCCUCUUUGCCGGUACGUCUUGUCCUCAUUAG